AUGGCCUCGCCACCCAAGCCUUGGGAGCGUUCCGGUGCAACGGCUGCGGGAUCUGCUACGAUGACUGCACCUAGCGUGACCUCGACAGCGACCGGUGCUCCGAUGUCAACGACAUCGAAUGCCAUGACUGCACCUAGAGCUGGCAAUGCCGAUUCUGCCUCGACGUCACCCGCUAUUCCACCUCGACCCGAUGCACUGUCAUCCGUGGUCAACCAGAAUGCAUCCGCCUACGGUCGCGUGGGAAAUAACCCAUACAACCCCGCUUACUCAUCCCCGUACUCCUCGCCAUACAGCAGAAUGGGUGGUAUGGGAGGCAUGGGUGGUAUGGGAAGCAUGUAUGGCGGUGGCUAUGGUGGUUACGGUAGCAUGGGUGGCAUGUAUGGUGGUGGCAUGUACGGAGGAAUGCCUGGCAUGAACCCGAACGACUCGAACAACCCAAACAGCCUCACCAACCGCUUCAGCAAUAGUACACAGGCGACCUUCCAGAUGCUCGAAGGUGUGGUUGGAGCGUUUGGCGGCUUCGCGCAGAUGCUGGAAAGCACGUAUAUGGCGACUCACUCGAGUUUCUUCGCCAUGGUGUCUGUUGCCGAGCAGUUUGGGAACCUGCGUGAUACUCUCGGCUCGGUGCUGGGCAUAUUCACCUUGAUAAGAUGGAUCCGCACCUUGAUUGCCACAAUCACAGGUCGACCUCUGCCAGCGGAUGCCACAGCACUGACACCUGCCGCGUUUGCACGAUUUGAAGGACGGCAGGCACCAGCAAAUCCAAAUGGCCCACCCAAGCCUAGCAAGAAGCCUCUCAUAUUCUUCAUCCUUGCGGCCUUCGGUCUGCCCUUUCUCAUGAGCAAGGCGAUCCGAUCUCUGGCAGCUUCUGCAGAGGAGGAGGAGCGCAAGCGCAUGGAAGCAGCAGGACAGAAUGCACCAUUGGAUCCCACCAAGCUGGAGUUCUGUCGAGUCAUGUACGACUUCACCCCUGAGGCUGGCAACGCUACUCAAGGGAUCGACCUGGCCGUCAAGAAGGGUGACUUCAUUGCUGUUCUAAGCAAAAGUGACCCACUUGGUAACCACAGCGAAUGGUGGCGCUGCAGAGCUCGAGAUGGACGUCUUGGAUAUCUCCCUGCUACCUUCCUAGAGCUUGCGAAAAGACCCGGUCAACCCAUCGCAGCGAUCAAGGCCGGUGCGAGUGAACCUGUUAUCACGAGCAAGGCAGGCGAUAUCUCGGCUGAGAGCUUCCAGAAAUCCCAGUUUUACUCUUAG